AUGGUCUCGAUCGGUGUAGUCGUGUGUUUCGCUGUGGUCGCUGUCGCCGCCGCCACUGACGUGAAGCAAUGUGCAGGAAAAAACAUUCCCGAUCUCAGUCAAAACGUGCAGCUCAUACCAUGCAAUAAAAUACCUUGCAAACUGAAAAAAGGCACCGAUCAGCACAUUACCAUUGCCUUUACACCAGAAAAAGAUGUUCAGACUAUCAAGAACCAUGUGACUGCUCAGGUGUUAGAAGUCAAUUUGCCGUUUGUAGGAGUGGACGGUAAGUCCAUCUGUGACAAAAUCUACACGGAAGACGGCGCGGCUGCAGGCUGCCCACUUACAGCCGGAACUAAAUACAUGUAUAAAGAUUCCUUCCCUGUACUGGCUUUCUAUCCUUCCAUUAAAGUAAAAGUGCAUUGGGAGUUGUUGGACGAUAAACACGACGUUACCUGCUUUGAGGUGGAUGCUAGGAUCGCGUAA